GAAUGCAAUGAUUAACAGGAAGUUGGGGAGCGGACACAGUUGCCAACCCUUGGCCGGGAGAAGAGGCUGGGGUAGAAGGAUGACUUGCAGAAUGGUGAACUCAGCCCUUGGUGCUUUUACGGUAGAGAUAGGUGGCUGCGUUAGAAUCGGCAUCUCCCUGAGGCAGCUUGUUUUUGUGUGGUAACAGGUUGCAGGUUGCAGGUUAACGGGAGCCGGAGCCAAGCAAAUCCAAAGAAGCUACUUCAGAAAUGUGUCGAAAAAAGGUGGAAAUGAAACACAGCGGAGAAUGAGAAGGGAAGGAAGACAGCGAAAGGACAAAACGGUCAACUGCAAGGGCACGGAGCAGCUGAUCAGAGUCGCGUCUACCGAGAGGAUGAUUUAUGGAUUCUGGAGAAAAUGUAAGUUAAAUAUAUCUAUACUCUGAUCAGCUCUUGAAAAACAUUUCCCUCCCUUUCUGGUCUUGAAUGAUGGUCUCUUGGAAGCAUUGUCUUUUUACUGUGUCUCUUAUCACUGCCCUGAUUUUUGUGUUUGUUUACAAUAACGAGUUAUGGGAGGAGAAGCAUUUUCUGAAGGUAUCUCUGUCCAAUGCUUCCCUGUUAGCACAAGUCUGUCACCAGAUUUUUAAGGGGAAGGUUUUUUACCCAAGAGAGAAUGCACUGAAAACUACCCUCAGCGAAUCUAGCUGUUACGAGUACGUGGCUCAAAGUCACUAUAUAACAGAAACACUAUCAGAAGAGGAAGCGGAGUUCCCUUUGGCUUAUACAGUGACCAUCCACAAAGACUUUGGCACUUUUGAGAGACUCUUCAGGGCAAUUUACAUGCCCCAAAAUGUCUACUGUGUUCACAUGGAUGAGAAGGCAACAGAUACAUUUAAAGAUUCAGUGAAGCGAUUAUUGAGCUGCUUCCCAAAUGCUUUCCUGGCCUCCAAGAUGGAGCCGGUUGUCUAUGGGGGGAUCUCCAGGCUCCAGGCUGACCUGAACUGCCUCAAAGACCUCGUGGCGUCCGAGGUGCCCUGGAAGUACGCCAUCAACACGUGUGGGCAAGACAUCCCCCUGAAGACCAACAAGGAGAUCGUUCAGUAUCUGAAAAGCUUUAAGGGGAAAAACAUCACCCCAGGGGUGCUGCCCCCCAAUCAUGCCAUUGGACGGACUAAAUAUGUCCACCAGGAGCUAUUAAGUAAAAAAAAUUCCUACAUGCUUAAAACAAGAAAAUUGAAAACUCCACCUCCUCACAACAUGACCAUUUACUUUGGUACUGCCUAUGUGGCCCUCACAAGGGAAUUUGCCAACUUUGUCCUCCAAGACCAGCGUGCGCUUGACUUGCUCUCCUGGUCCAAGGACACUUACAGCCCUGAUGAGCAUUUCUGGGUGACGCUCAAUAGGAUCCCAGGUGUCCCUGGCUCCAUGCCAAAUGCAUCAUGGACCGGUAACCUCAGGGCUAUAAAGUGGAUCGACAUGGAAGAUAAACACGGAGGCUGCCAUGGCCGCUACGUACACGGCAUCUGUAUCUACGGAAACGGAGACUUGAAGUGGUUGAUUAAUUCGCCCAGCCUCUUCGCUAACAAGUUUGAGCUUACCACCUACCCCCUCACCGUGGAAUGCCUGGAGCUGAGGCUUCGAGAAAGAACCCUAAAUCAGAGUGAAACCGUAAUUCAACCCAGCUGGUAUUUCUGAUCCCCUGUAACACGGACUCAGCGGGCGCCUGCGGCCGGGGAGAAGAGCCUUGCUUCGUGGGAGAACUCUGCCUCGUUUAGGGGAGGAGGUGCCGGAGUGAGGUUAGGGCUGCAGAACCUGGCCGUGUCAUUCUGUGUGAUGACAUCUGUGGACACUGUGAACUCUACCAUCAGGGUGGCUGCCCGGGGUGAGGCCAGCCUUUUGGCCUCACCAGUGGGGCUGAUGCUCUGAUCGGUGAUAAAUUGAACUGACGUCAGACAUUUGCACCAGAUGCUCACUGGAGAGAAACGUUCUCCUGAAAAGGAGAACUGUUGAGGGAACUAGGAAUUGUGUCUCUUUGAAGGCUUCUCUGAUAGGUCUGUAGCCACGCAUACAUGGACACAAGUCCUCUUUGCUCAGCUGCACUGAGGUAUAGAAACAGCUUUCUGGGCAACUCAGCUGUCUCCUUUAGAACUUGAGCUACCGGAAGGGAGAACUAGGUCUUGUUCCCAAGUUCCAACACUAGCAUUUCCAGUUGACUGUGUCUGGAGUUCUGUGUAGAAAGUAAAAUCAUUGACAGGAGGCAGGAUAUGCUUUUCGGACAGUGGCCACUGCUUCCUGCUUCAGCAAAGGGAUCCCAGGGAAACUGGACUUUUCUUGGGGUGUGUCUAGAAUGUGCGCUAGUCCCCUUGCUGUUGCUUUCCAUGGAGAACGCCGAAACAUUCCCAAGAAUGAAGAUAUUUCUAGAAGAGAGGUGCUGUUGCAUGAAUCGUGUCCAAGUCUCUAGCCUCAGAAUGAGUCACUUUCCUCUUUGGUCACGACCAUCCAUCCCCACCGAAGUGAUCUUACCUGCAAAAUGGAGUCCAGAUUCUACGCCGUGAGGCUUCAAAGGACUCCGGAGUAUUCUCUGAGUAGGUUUACAGUGCUUAGUGCUAGUAAGAGCGACUAGGUUUCUAAGAGCUCUCCGCUGUGAGUGAGCAUCUAUGUCACCGAUCCCUGGUCUCAUUCCGUACAUACUUGCAGUCCGUAAAUACUUGUUGAGUGCCUGUUGUACACCACACCCAUCUUGGACACCAGGAGAAAAGGGAGACAGAAGCUUUUUCACUCUAAAGUUCUUGGUAACAGCAUUGAGGUCGAAAAGGCAGCUGUAGAGAAUCUCCCGGAUUGCUUGUAUUUUAAUAUUUUCAUGUGCAAAGUUAUAGAUUUGGGAUAUCAGGCCAAGAAUCUGAGUAAUCAGAAAUCGAAGUCUAGGGGCUCCUGGGUGGCUCAGUCUGUUAAGCGUCUGCACUCAGCUCAGGUCAUGAUCCUAGAGACCUGGGAUCGAGCCCCACAUCGGGCUCCCUGCUCCACGGGGAAUCUGCUUCUCCCUCUCCCUCUGCCCUUCCCCACCCCCACCCCCCAUUCGUUCUCUCUCUCAAAUAAAUAAAUAAAAUCUUUAAAAAAAAAGAAAUCAAGGUCUAAAUCAGAGAUAUCAUAGAUCAUUGCAAAGGGAGAAGGGAAGGAAUAGACAAGCUAAAGCCUGUUGCGUUGUAGGCAUCCUGAGAGCUCCCUUAGGGCUCAUUGUGCUAAAACCUUACAACACCUGGGAGUCUCACAAGAUUGCCACCAUUUUGCAGAUGAAGUAAGCGAGGCUUAGAGACGUUGUUAAUAAGCGUUAGGAAACAAAUUCUCGGAGGAUCGGGGUGUUCUUACUGGUCUCCUUCGUUCGAUUUCCUGAGAUGGAGUAUUUAGAGAAGGUGAAAUAAAGCCAUAUUUAGUAUACCAGAGACGGUAGGUUUUAAGAAGGGUCUCAGCGUUAAUGUGAGAAAAUGUGCUGUCACCUCAGAAAAAUGUGAAGUCUACUCUUGUCCUCCUAAAUCCAUUAAGUUCCUUAAUAUUUAUUUAUUCUAACAAAAAAAAGUUACUACAACUAAUGAUAUCUUUAAUUCACAAAUUUUAUUAUUUUUUCCUGUGACUGUGCCUGUUGAGUGUUAAUUGUAUUUAAGGGAGUGUCUUUGAACUAAAGCCGCCUUUUGUUCCUGCUACUGAAAAAAAUGUAGCUAUGCAGUGGUAAAGGCUUGAAGCAUAGGAAACACACCCAGAGCUAAUGGAGUCUAAGAACCAUCUUUUUUUUUUCUCCACUUUAAAUGACCCCACUGGAGAAGAAGGAAUGUUUAACACUGGAUCUUUCUCAUAUAGAACGAGACUCUUUUUUGGAGUAGAUGAUGUUUACAUGUCUGUUGCUGGUCAUCUCUGUAUCUUGCAUUUUUUAAUAUUGGAAGAUUGUAGUGUUUGGGCCAGUGGGUUUCUGCUAGCCCAUAGGGACGGCUGAAACUACUAAAUCCAUCCUUGAUUGCAAUGAUGUUCCGCGUUGUCGUCUUAGAAAUAAAUUAAUAUAUUGUUUUCACCUU